UUCCAACACGUUAGUCUGUUUUUUCACACAUUACCCAUAAUGCUGUUGCACGAUCAGCUGAGAGCAGGGCCAGUGGGAAUUAGCCAUUGAUGUAUUUCUACCUAGAGAGCAAUGCAGCAGCGUUUUCAUUCCAAUCAAGCAGAAGCCACACCUGAUUCCACCUGUUUAAUCAGUUGAUCUUGGCUUUAAUUAGACUCGGGUGUGGCUUCUGCUUGGUUAGAAUGCAAACCUGCACCCACACCGGCCCUUUCCGGAUAAGAUUGGACACCCUUGCUUUAGUCUGUCUGGUUCUCUCACCUUCCAGCCUGGACACACACCUCUAUUCCAGAGUCCCCGGUUUGGUCUGGUUAUGGGUUACUGUCUGUUCAGAAUUUUGCAUGCUUUACCAGUGUACUUGUUUUUCCUCCCUUUAUCCAGUCGUACCUAAGGGCAAUUAAGAUUUGGGUCGGCCGCUCUAAAUCAUCCAUGGGUGUAAACGAGUGUUUGAAUGUGUGUGCAUGGAAUCCUGCGAUGGACAGGGAUCCCAUCCAGAACUUAAUUCUGGCUCUGGAAUCACCGCUGCCCUGACCAAGGAGAGGGUGUUUUCUCAGGACGGCAGCAGUAGCCCACCCGUUAUUACGAUAUGGAGAACUUGGAGGAGGACUUGACGUGCUCGGUUUGUUAUUCCCUCUUUAACGAUCCACGAGUACUCCCCUGCUCCCACACCUUCUGCAAAGCAUGUCUGGAGAACGUGCUCCAGGUCUCCACUAACUUCUCCAUCUGGCGCCCGCUUCGCCUACCACUGAAGUGUCCCAACUGCCGUAGCAUGGUGGAACUUCCCCCUAAUGGCGUGGAAGCUCUGCCGAUUAAUGUCUGUCUGCGCGCCAUCAUAGAAAAGUACCAGCAUGACAAUGAGCCGCGAGCUCCUUCCUGCCCCGAGCACCAUCGCCAGCCUCUGAACGUCUACUGCGUUCAGGACUGCAAGCUUAUAUGCGGCUUGUGCCUCACUAUCGGGCAGCAUCAGGGCCACACCAUUGAUGAUCUGCAGACAGCGUACGUCAAAGAGCGCAAUACCCCUGCCAGACUGCUCGAGCGGCUCACGGACGGGCGCUGGGAAGAAGUCUGUGGCCUGGUGGAGAAGUUAGAACAGGAAAAAUCUCGACAUGAAGGUCUAAUAAGGAAAGACCGUGAAGCUGUUACGCAGUUCUUUCAGGGCCUGGAGCGCCUUCUUGAGCACAAGAAAGAGGCAUUCAUGAAAGUUCUGGACAGGGCCAACGGGCAGCUGGCCUGCGCUUAUAAGCCACUUAUCGAGAAGCUUAAGGAUCUUAAGGAGGAGCAGCUAGAGCUCGUCUCUAUCGUCUCAAGCAUCAGUGAAGACGAGUCAGCCCUUGUUUUCCUGGAGAAGGUGAACCACUUGAGGGAGAGGGUUGAUGCCUUGACCCAGGCAGAGCUGCCCGAAGUCCCCACCCUCCACAUCUCACCCUGUUUAGAGGAGUUCCUCGAGGAACACUGGGUUAACGUGACGAUUGGAAGGCUGGAAGAUGGUCCUGUUCCAAAAAUCUCCUGUCACGUGAAGAGACAUUGUGACAAAGAGGCACAGUCAGAAUUAGCUCAGAAGCGGACGUUCAAGUCUUGGACCGUCAUGGCUUUUCUAACGGUGCUGCUGUUCCUUCUGCUUUUCUGGUUAAAUCCAGUGAGUGGAGAAUCACUUGGAUUCUCUAAUCUCUCCCACAUUACUCAAGCAGUAGUGAGUCUAGCUCAUGAACUAACUUUAUUACUUCAUGAUUCGGGGACAUUUCUGUACGGCCUGCUUCAUGAUCUUAACCUUAAAUUCAGUGCGUAUAUUUCAGCUGUCGGGGAGCGCACCUAUCAACGUGUGGCCUUCUUUUUAAAAACAUUACAGUUAUGCUAAGUCACUGUGCAACCAGAAGCAGAACUCUGUGCUGGAGAAUUAACUGGGACAUUUACAUGUGCGUCAAGUUAAGCAGAACGGUUCAGUUAUGCAUGACUAGACAUCUGAACAGAGCACAGCUUGCCACAAGUCACAGCGUAGCAGUUAAUAUUCCUGUCUAGUGAUAAAAGGGGAACAGUAUGGUUCUAAGAGUUUGUUCUGGUAACAUAUCAACUGUAUUAUAACACAAUGCUGCUGUUUUGUUUCUAUUUUCUAAUUCACAAUAUUUUCUACUGAAAUUUUAAUAACUUGUUUGUCUGUUUUUUUUUUUGUUUUAAAUGCAUAAUUAUCCAUGAACAUUUUUGCCGUUUUAUUUUGCCCAACUGAUUUAGAAAUGAAACUACGUUAUGCCCAAAAUAAGGGAUGCACUGGUCAAAAGUAAACCUCAUUAUGUAAUGCA